AUGUCUUCAAAAAUUAACAAAAUAGAUAGUCUAUAUGAUUUUUUGAGAUCUAAUUUUUAUGACAUAGAUAACCUAUUGUUAGAAUUUAAAGGAAAAAAUUAUGAUGCCAGUCAAGCUUAGAUGUUAGGGAAAUAAUUAGAAAAAUAUAAAAGUCUUGAAAUAUUAAAAUUUGAUUUAAGCUUCAACAAAAUACGAUAAGAUGGAGCACUUUACAUAAGCCAAUCUUUAAGCCAGUCCAAAAAUCUCUAAAAAUUAAUUAUCAUAUUAUCUAGUGAUUGCUAUGGUUAUAAUUAUAUUGGUGAAGUAGGAGCAUAAGAAUUGGGAAUAGGAUUAGCAUAAUGUUCAAAUUUAGAGCAUUUAGAAAUUAAUUUGAGAUAUAACUCAAUAGGAUCAACUGGCGUUAUCAACCUUGCUAAAUAACUAAAAAAUUGUAUCAGUUUGUAGUCAUUAAUUUUGAAUUUAAAAAACAACAGCUUAUUUGAUAAGGGAGCUAUAGGAUUAGCUGAAGGAAUAGGUGAAUGCUCAAAACUAAGCGAUAUUAAACUUUAUUUAAAGUACAAUAAUAUAGGAAAUUAAGCAUGUUAUGCUUUUGGUAUUGGUUUAAGUAAAUGCAAAAGUUUAAAAAACUUAUUUGUUGACUUGUCUGGAUAAAAUUAAGAAUAUAAUAGAAUAGCAGAUAUAGGAGCUAUUUAAUUAGGUUUAGGCCUCUCUAAUUGCUUGGGAUUAAAUAUUUUAGAAAUAAAGUUAAACUAAUAACCUAUAAACUAAGAAGGCGCAUCUGGUUUAUUGCAAUCACUCAACAGGAUUAAAAGCCUAAGAAUCUUAACAAUUCAUUUUGGAUUUAUAAUACCAAUGGUAUGCAGAUUUAUUAAAAUAACUUAUAAUAUUGGAAGAUAUAAAAGUCCUAUUUAUAGUAUGACAGAAUUUUUACCAAAUUAAUUUAGACGAAUAGAUAACUAAGGAGCAUAUGAUAUAGCAACAUAGCUUGUUUAAAGUAAAUUGUCAGUGGUUCAACUUUAUUUCAAGGAGACUAUAAAUCCUCAUUAAAUAGCUAUUAUAAAAUCUAAGCUUAAAGAAUGUGCUACUCUUGUUGAUUUAAAGGUUAUUUAAAUUUGA